GCGGGGCCGGGGCAGCGCAGGGCCCGGGCGCCUCGCACGGCUCCUCAUGGCCGGGAACUUCUGGCAGAGCUCGCAUUAUUUACAAUGGAUUUUGGAUAAACAAGAUCUACUGAAGGAACGCCAAAAAGACUUGAAAUUUCUGACUGAAGAAGAAUAUUGGAAGCUACAGAUAUUUUUUACUAAUGUUAUCCAGGCUUUAGGUGAACAUCUUAAAUUAAGACAGCAAGUUAUUGCCACUGCUACAGUCUACUUCAAGAGAUUCUAUGCCAGAUAUUCCCUAAAAAGUAUAGAUCCAGUAUUAAUGGCUCCUACGUGUGUGUUUUUGGCAUCCAAAGUAGAGGAGUUUGGUGUUGUUUCAAAUACAAGGUUGAUCUCUGCUGCUACUUCUGUGUUGAAAACUAGGUUUUCAUAUGCCUUCCCGAAGGAGUUUCCUUAUAGGAUGAACCAUAUACUAGAAUGUGAAUUCUAUCUCUUAGAAUUAAUGGACUGCUGUUUGAUAGUGUAUCAUCCUUAUAGACCUUUGCUCCAAUAUGUGCAAGAUAUGGGCCAAGAAGACAUGCUGCUACCUCUUGCUUGGAGGAUAGUGAAUGACACAUAUAGAACUGAUCUUUGUCUGCUGUACCCUCCUUUCAUGAUAGCUCUAGCUUGCCUACACGUGGCCUGCGUUGUCCAGCAGAAGGAUGCAAGGCAAUGGUUUGCUGAGCUAUCUGUUGAUAUGGAAAAGAUUUUAGAAAUAAUCAGGGUUAUUCUGAAGCUGUACGAGCAGUGGAAGAACUUUGAUGAGAGGAAGGAGAUGGCUACUAUUCUUAGCAAAAUGCCUAAACCAAAACCACCUCCAAACAGUGAAGGAGAACAGGGUCCAAACGGUAGCCAGAACUCUAGUUAUAGCCAAUCUUAAGACAUUCCAAAGAAUUUCUUUACGGACCACUUUGACUCAAGACAUCCUGGGAUCUUUCCUGUGUUCAUGAAAUGGACAGAAUUUUUUAAUAACAUCUUUGACAAAGAACUUGAAGAGUAAAUAGCUUGUUUGUGUCAAGCAUUUUGGAAGUUUUUUCUUUAAAACUGCAUCAUUUUCUCUGACGCUGGAGCAAAAGUACUAAGAUUUCUCAGUGUAAGGAAUCAAAUAUUAAACCAAGCUGCAAAAGGGUAAUUCUAUCCACUCAAAACAAAUAGUUCGUUACUGGUUUGGUUUGCUUUGAGAAAAUUGUGGCUUGCCAUUAAAAGUGAUUUUUUUAUUUUUAUUUUUAAGAGUGUUCUUGAAGCCUAAGUGUAACUAUAUUAAUGACCUGUGUUGUCUUCAUUUUGUUUGUGACUGAAGGAGGGUAGUGCACUGUAUGUUAAACCUAUUAAUUACCUAGGGAUUUGGUGAUUUUUCUAUUUUUAUUUUUUUUUUCCUAUCAUCUGGAUUUUCUAACAAGUGAAAACAGUCCUUCAGGAGCAAAGCACAGAAGAAUUUGCAAAGAAUGGUGUUAGAGUUUUAAUGAAAACUGCAGGGAAGAAAUUCAGUUCAUUUUUGGGGGUUAGGAAGGUGCUUGUUUUCCUCAAUAGAUGUACUUGGAUGUUUUUGCCUUGAAGCCUAGAAGCCCAACUUACCAGAAAAGUGCAAUAUGUAUAGUGAUUCUGCAGUUUUCCUAAGCAUUUCAAGCAUUUGGAAUUUAAAAAACAAAACACCAACAAUUAUUUUUUUUGCAUGUACUGUGUAAGUACAAUUGGAGUAUUUCACAAACAAAUACAAAUCUGGCUAUGAUUGUUUUUUUUAUUUUUAUUUUUUUCUUUUGUAUAAAAGAUACACACUGUUAGUCUGCCUUCACUGUUAGUGUGAAUUUGUGUGGCUCGUUGAAGAAGUUAUUUAAGAGGAUCAAGCUUUUGGUGAGCUUCAUACUGGCUAAUUUUAAUUGUGAUCUUAGGAGCAACUCUUUAGAAUAACUGAAAUGGGAUUCCUUGGUUGACUGCGUGCUGGAGAAAAUGAGAUUCCUUCAAAUAGAAGGCCAUAUCCUGUGUUCCUUACUCAGGCAGAUAUCCCACUGAAGUCAGGAAUUGGCCUAAAUCAAAUGUAAUGAUUUUUAGCUAACUUCCUUUCUAAAUAAUUUCUGUACAACUUCAUUUUGAAUAAGAAUGCUGAUUUGCCCGACUAUAAAAAUUGAACAAUAAAACAAAGUGAAGUAC